AUGCAACCUCCGCCUCCGCCUCAAGGUGGUCAGUCCGCCCCCCUCCAAGCCAUUUUUGACGAAUUUGAGGCUUAUCCAUUUUCCGAUGACCCGGAUUUUAAGGCAGGAUUACCAACUGUUGUCGCUGCUAUACGGGCGAAAGAAAGAACAGCCGCUCAAAUUGACGAAAUGAUCGGUAGAGCUCAAUGGUUCUACUUUACUCGGAUCAAAAACCUUCAAAUACCCUGGGAAGCUUACGCCCAAUAUUCUCAAUCUCAAAUCCGAACUUACCCAACUGCCAACCAAUCAGGGACCAUCUCUCUAUCUUCCCCACCAGGUCAAAGACCAGGAGCCACUUCCACAGCGCGCCCGUCUGAUCCGCUGGCGCAAUUGAACAAUCUGGCGGAAGCGAGAAGGAUGAUGUCAUCUUUUCCCGGUCGAGAGGGAGGGGAAGAAGGAAUGAGUUUCGCGAUGUUGUGUAGGUUGAUCAGUGAAGGUAGAGCGGGUGAAGUGGCUCAGGCUCAGAGGGAAGGUGAAGGGAUGGUGGUGGAUGCUAUCAAUUCCAGUCUACAACAAGACAAGAUCAUUGAGAUGACAUUACAGACCGAGAACAUGGGCUCACGCACUAGACAGCCUCACCAUCAAUCUCAACACUCUCGACACGUCCAAAACCCUGGCAGACGAUGA